AUGGCGAUGAUGAUGACUGGCCGUGUGCUGCUGGUGUGUGCCCUCUGCGUGCUGUGGUGUGUUGCAGCCGAUGGAGCUGUUGGUGUGGUUUCUGGUGGGGACGACAACAGUCUGAAAGAAUUAUUUAUUCCAGUUGCGAGAUUGAAGGUAAGACAAGAACAAAGAGCAGCAGAAGCAACAGCUGACGCAAAGGCAGCAGCAGAAGCAGCAGAAGCAGCAGAAAAGGCAAAAGCAGAAGCAGAAGCAGCAUCAGAAGCAGCUGAAAAAGCAAAAGCAGCAGCGGAAGAAGCAGCAGUAAAAACAACAGCAGCAGUUGAAGCAUCUGCAAAAGCCGCAGAAGCAGCAGCAAAAGCAAAAACAUUAGCAGAAACAGCAGAAACAGCAACAGAAGCAGCUGACGCAAAGGCAGCAGCAGAAACAGCAGAAAAGGCAAAAGCAGAAGCAGAAGCAGCAUCAGAAGCAGCGGAAGAAGCAGCAGUAAAAACAACAGCAGCAGCUGAAGCAUCCGCAAAAGCCGCAGAAGCAGCAGCAAAAGCAAAAACAUUAGCAGAAACAGCUGAAACAGCAACAGAAGCAGCAGAAAAGGCAGCAGCAAAAGCAACGGCAGCAUCAGAAGCAGCUGAAAAAGCAAAAGCAGCAGCAGCAGAGGCGGCAGCAAAAACAGCAGCAGCAGAAGCAGCAGCAGCAGAAGCAAAAACAUCAGCAGAAACAGCAAAAAUGGCAACAGCAAACGCGGCAACAGCUGCAGCAAAAGCAAAAGCAGAAACAGAAAAAGCAGCAGCAGCAGCAGCGAAAGAAGCAACCACAAAAGCGAAAGCAGCAGAAGCAGCAAAAGAUGAAGCAGCAAAAGCAGCAGCAGCAAAAGCAGCAGAAGAAGCAACAGCAGCAAAAGAUGAAGCAGCAAAAGCUGCAGCAACAGCAAAAACAGCAGCAGAAGAAGCAUCUGCAAAAGCCGCAGAAGCAGCAGCAAAAGCAAAAGCAGCAGCUGAAGCAGCUGAAACAGCAAAAGCAUCAGCAGGAAAAGCAGCAGAAGAAGCAGCAAAGGCAGCGGCAGAGGCAGCAGCCACAGCAGCAGAAGCGGCAGCAGAAGCAAAAACAUCAGCAGAAACAGCAAAAACGGCAACAGCAAACACGGAAACAGCUGCAGCAAAAGCAAAAGCAGAAACAGAAAAAGCAGCAGCAGCAGCAACGGAAGCAGACGCAAAAACAACAGCAGCAAAGACAGCAGAGGCAGUAGCAGAAGCACUGCGAGGUACGACAGUCGGAGAAGAGGAGGUAAAAACAGCAAUACAUGAUCAGGAUAAUUCAGUCGAACACCAUUCUGGAGAAAAACAAGAGCUUCUACAAGAACAAGAACCGGAACGACAAGAAAAAGAACAGCAUGAAAAGCAGCAACACCAACAGCGUGAACAUUCCGCAGGAAAUGGCGAAGAAUCCCCGAAAGAAAAAACUGCUAAUGGUACAAAUGCAACUCCAAUUACGGACGACAGUGACGGCAGCACCGCGGUCUCCCACACCACCGCCCCUCUUUUGCUUCUUCUUUUUGUUGCGUUUGCGGCUGCUGCUGCGGUGGUGGCCGCGUGA